UACAACUGAGAUGAGUAUUGCGAGCGGUGCCUUCUACCCAAUUGAUUCGGUUCUCCGUUUUAAUUCCUGCUUCGAUUGCGACCUGCGAAGAAGGAAACAUAGGAUUGCAUCCUUAAUCUGCUGUUUGGUUCAGCCUUCUUUGAUGUUGUAGGUUAGUGCAUCCAAGACAUUACUCAAACAAUGUUUUCUCGUUUUCAUAUUCUGAAUUUUCUUUUGCCAUCUGCCAUCAACAAGAAGCUUUGUGUCAGACUACUCUUGUGGGCAAUGCGGAGAGGCAAGAGUUUGAAGUGUUUGCUUGCUGGCUGCCAUCUCUACCAGCAUUCAGCUUGCAUCUACCAAGAAAUCCCAAACUCUGCUUCAGCCAUAUUUCAGGCAUCAAGAAUUUCUCUAAUACAUUAUCCAGAAUCACCUUUAAAAUCUUAUGAUAAGUUUAAUCCAUUGAGACAUGUUUGCCCAAGGGCAUCACGUGGGGGAGUACUACAUAGGCUGAACAAAGAAAGCUUGAUUGCUACUUCUAGAAUCCAUCAACGGUCAUUUGGCUCCACAACCAAAAACAUCCAGCGAAAUCCAUCAUUUUCCAUGAUUAAUUCUGAUGACAUCAGCUACUUCAGAGAUAUAUUGGAUGAUAAUACUGUUAUCCAGGAUGAGGAUAGGCUGUCAUCUGCAAAUAUAGAUUGGAUGCGAAAGUAUGAAGGUUCAAGCAAGCUGUUACUCCUACCAAAGGACACAGACGAGGUAUCUAAGAUUCUCCGUUAUUGCAACUCUAGGAGGUUGGCGGUAGUCCCUCAAGGUGGUAAUACUGGUCUUGUUGGUGGAAGCGUGCCAGUUUAUGAUGAGGUAAUUGUUAAUGUUGGUUUGAUGAAUAAGAUAAUCUCCCUUGAUAAGGUUAGUGGUAUUCUUAAAUGUGAAGCAGGCUGCAUAUUAGAGAAUUUGGAUAGUUUCUUGGCAAAUGAAUGUUAUUUAAUGCCUAUUGAUCUGGGGGCAAAGGGAAGUUGUCAGAUUGGUGGAAAUGUUUCAACUAAUGCUGGUGGUUUGCACUUUGUGCGCUAUGGAUCACUUCAUGGGAAUGUUCUAGGGCUUGAAGUUGUCUUAGCUGAUGGGACUGUCCUAGACAUGCUUGGAAGUUUACGAAAAGACAAUACAGGAUAUGAUUUGAAGCACUUAUUUAUUGGAAGUGAAGGUACCUUGGGAAUCAUCACAAAGGUCUCAAUCCUUACACCGGCUAGGCUAUCAUCGACCAACCUUGCAUUUCUUGCCUGUGAAGAUUAUUCUAGCUGUCAGGAAUUAUUAUUGAAAGCAAAGAGAGGUUUAGGCGAGGUUCUUUCUGCUUUUGAAUUUCUGGACACCAAUUCUAUGGAUUUGGUUUUGGAUAAACUUGAGGGCGUUCGCAAUCCCUUUCCAUCCUCAUUGCAUAAAUUUUAUGUACUGAUUGAGACAACAGGCACUGAUGAUUCAUAUGACAGAGCAAAACUUGAAACUUUCCUGGUUAAUUCUAUGGAAGGAGGUCUUAUUUCAGAUGGUGUUAUAGCUCAGGAUAUUAACCAAGCAUCGUCUUUUUGGCGUAUUAGAGAGGGUAUACCAGAAGCUUUGAUGAAGCUGAGCCGCUCUACAAGUAUGAAGGACUUGGUUGGCCGAAGUUCUGCGAAGGUCUUUUCUCAGAUAGAACCCUUUGUCUAUGAAUGCGACAGCAUAUUGCUGUGUUUACAAGCGCAGAGCAUGGCAUAG